AUGGCUAUCAAGACGGUCGAGACAGCAGACGGGGUGAAGAAGCAGCAGACACUUGGCAGUCUCCGUCUUCGCCAUCAUGAAACGAACGAAAUCAUCCUCAUCCCAACUCCAUCGGACGAUCCCAAUGACCCUCUCAACUGGUCACGCUCAUACAGAUACUAUCUCGCCAUCCUCCUCUCGCUUGCCAUCUUUUUCAGCAACUUCCUGGCUGCCGGCCCGACAGUCUCCAUGGUGGCCAUCACGACGGACUUCUUUGGACCGCCAGGCCCGACAUUCGAGGCUCACAUCGCGAAAGCGUCGUAUUUCUUCACAACCACGGCUCUUUUGCAGGGUAUGAGCAACUUGAUCUGGAUGCCCCUUAUCGUGAAGUUCGGUCGUCGCCCCAUCUAUGUCAUCUCGUUCGUCCUUUACACGGCGUGCGCAGCGUGGGCGGGCGGUGCCACAUCAUACGGCAGCGAACUCACCGCGCGCAUCCUCAUGGGUGCGGGAGCUGGUGCAUCCGAAACGCUCGCUCCGCUGACUAUUUCUGAUAUCUUCUUCUUGCACGAGCGUGGCACUGUCAUGGCCAUCUAUACCUGCUUCCUGGGAGCCGGAGUCGGCGGAGGCAUCUUGGUCUGCGGUCUUGUCAGCAUCAGCCUCGACUGGCGCUAUGGCUACUGGAUCGCUGUCGCGCUCAUCGGUGUAGCAACCGUUCUCAUCAUUCUCACUUUCCCCGAGACCGAGUAUGAGCGGCAACCAGCGUCAGCCUCUGAUUCAGACUCAUUCAAAGAACUGGAGUACCGCAAGGGUUCCGGUGGCACCGGCAUUUCGGUUGAGGCGCGCAUCGAGACCGUCAGCCCAGCGCACACCCAGACGCCAGCACCGAAGCGCUCGUUCGUCAAAAGCCUCCGCUUAUUCAGUGGAAUCCACACCAGGGAGACGCUGUGGAAGCUGUUCUGGCGACCGUGCGUGAUGCUGGUGCUGCCGCCGAUCCUGUGGGCGACGCUGGUCAUGUCCGUGACCAUCGGCUUCUUGGUCGCCAUCACUUCCAACUUCGCCUCUGCUUUUAGUACCGCCUACGGCUUCGAGCCCUACCAGGCCGGCCUCUGCUUCAUCUCCAGCAUCCUCGGCUCGCUCAUUGGUAUCUUCUUCGGUGGCCACUUCUCCGAUUGGAUUGCCGACUACUUCACUCGCCGCAAUGGGGGCGUGCGCGAGCCUGAGAUGCGUCUGCCCGCCAUCAUGGUCAGCGUCGUCACUGCACCACUGGCACUGAUACUCUAUGGCGAGGGUAUUGGGCUGAGACUGCAUUGGAUGUGUGCUACCGUCGGCUUGGGUCUGCUCAACUUCUCCAUCGUGCAGGCUACGAACGUCACCCUCGUCUACACUAUUGACGCCUACCGUCCAGUAGCCGGCGAAGUUACCGUCACACAGCUCGCCUUCAAGUCUGCGUUCGGCUUCCUCCUCUCCUUCUACACCAACCCAUGGAUCGCCCAGUCGGGGUACGAGCGCGCAUUUGGCGCCAUGGCCGGCAUCUCAGGCGCCGUUAUGCUUGGUUGGAUCCCCUUCUACCUGUUCGGCAAGCGCAUCCGACACGCAACGUGGCAAUGGGGUUUCGUGAAGAAGAUGGCUCACUGGGAUCAGGAUCGCGAGGUUGGUGAGUAG